AUGCUCCCCUCUGUGUGCAGUGCUGACUGUGGUCCUGGAUUCAGAAAGUUCUGGCAGGUGGGAAUGACAGUCUGCUGUUUUCAUUGCAAACCCUGCCCAGAAAAUGAAGUUUCUAAUCAGACUGAUGUGGACCAGUGUGUGAAGUGUCCAGAGGAGCAGUAUGCCAAUGCAGAGCAGAACCAGUGCAUUCCCAAAUCUGUGAUCUUUCUAACCUAUGAAGACCCCUUGGGGAUGGCUCUGACCUCAAUGGCCUUGUGCUUCAUUGCAUUCACAUCUGUGGUUCUUGGGGUAUUUGUGAAGCAUCAUGACACUCCCAUUGUCAAGGCCAAUAACCGCAGUCUCAGUUACACUUUGCUCAUCUCACUCCUCUUUUGUUUCCUGUGUCCAUUUCUCUUUAUUGGCCAUCCCAACGCAGCUACAUGCAUCCUGCAGCAAAUCACAUUUGGGGUUGUAUUCACUGUGGCUGUUUCCACUGUGUUGGCCAAAAGGGUUACUGUUGUUCUGGCUUUCAAAGUCACAGCGCCCGGACAAAGGGUGAGAUUCUACAUGACUUUGGGGGCUCCCAACUAUAUCAUUGGCAUCUGUACCCUCAUCCAAAUUAUUCUCUGUGCAAUCUGGCUUGGAGUUUCUCCUCCAAAUAUUGACAUUGAUGCACACUCUGAGCAUGGUCAAAUCAUUAUUGUGUGUGACAAGGGCUCUGUUACUGCGUUCUACUGUGUCUUGGGAUACCUUGGCUCCCUCGCCUUUGGGAGCUUUGUUGUGGCCUUCUUGGCCCGGAAUCUCCCUGACAAAUUCAAUGAAGCCAAGUUGUUGACCUUCAGCAUGCUGUUGUUCUGCAGUGUUUGGGUCACUUUUCUUCCUGUCUACCACAGCACAAAAGGCAAGGUCAUGGUGGCUGUGGAGGACUUCUCCAUCUUGGCUUCCAGUGUUGGCCUCUUGGGAUGCAUCUUUUUCCCUAAGUGCUACAUAAUUUUGUUAAGACCAGAGAGAAAUUCUCUGCAAAAGUUAAAGGAGAAGCCAGACUGUGGUGGCCCACACCUUUAUUCCAGCACUUGGGAGGCAGAGCAUAGCGGUAUUCUUUGA